AUGAACAUUUAUAAAUCUCUAGGAACAGUGGCUACAUUUAAAUUUUCUACAUCAGUUAUUGAAAUUCUUAAUAAAUUUGAUGAAGACUAUUAUGCCAAAAAUUAUUUAAAUGCAUUCAAUUCGACAGGAUUUCCAUAGGCUAAUUUAUGUAAAAAGAGAAAUAAUUUAAUGCUUAGAAAUAGGAAAUAAAAAUUGCAAUUUAAUUGGUUUGCCUAGAUCUGGUGUUCAAGAAACAAUUUUAGAUGAUUUAACAAAUCUAUUGCUCAAAGAUAAGAAAAAAAAUAAUUUCUUAUUGUAAAUCGAUCCAUCACCUUAUUUAUACACUAAAAGAUAGCUUUAUAAAUAUUAUCAUUCAAAAGUUGAUCCAAUCAUAACUGAUGUAAAAAAUUUAGUAAUGAAAGAAUUUAUUUGAAUAAUUACCAACUUUACCAAUAGAUACCAAUGAAUUAAGAUUAGAUUUAGCAAUAUUUGAUUCUAUCAAUUUAAUUUAACAAAAUGCUUAACUAAGCUCAGAAAAUAAAUAAUGUAUAUUCGAAUACCUGAAUGGAUAAAAGUUAGGAUACUAUUAAUCGACUCUAAAAAAAUUAAAAGAAUCUAUAUAAAAAAAUGGGGAAUUAUCCUCAUCAUUAUCAAAAGAAAGCGAUGAAAUGGCUAAUAAAUUUGCAGAUUUAUUAUCUAAUACAAUCUUAUACAGAGAUUUGCAAUAUAACGAAGUUAUUCAAAUAAAUUUACUAUAAGCUUUAUAUAUGACUACAUUAAAAGGAGCUAACAUUUAUUUAAUAGGAAUGUCAUAAAUCUAUUAGAGAAUAGCAAGUGGCAUAUUCUUAUCUUUAUCUGAAAUUUAAGAAAUGUUUAAUGAUAUUUGUGCAGAGAUAUAAAAUAAAAGUAUUAGUGAAAAUAAUUUAAACUAUUUGUUCGAAUUUUAAACUAUGUUAUGGAAACAAAAAGGGAUAGAAUAUUACUUAUUAUUCAAUAUUAAUCGUUAUUUAAAAAAUACAAAAGAGGAAGAAGUCACAGUUGUAGUUGAUGCUUUGCAUUAUGAUCCUCUAAGAAUUGCAAUUUCAAACUAAAAAAAUAAUUUUAUUGAAGAAAUAGAUAAUAGUUAUUUUGCAGAAUUUUAACAUCCUAAAUUAGAGAAACCAGAAAAUGAUGAUCAAAUGUUAGAAAAACAUGCAAUUCUAAGUUCUAUUUUAUCAUUUUAGAUUUGGAAAGAACCAUGUAUCAAUAAUCCUUUUCCAUAUUUAUAAAUAGAUUUCAAAAAGCUGAGUGGUGAUUAAUAACAAGAAAUCCAUAAUAAAUUUAAUAAAUUUUAUGAUAAAUAUUCAAAAUAAAUUUAGGAUGUGAUAAAUUCAUUAAAAUAAUGAUGAAAUGAAUUUUAAUAGUAUUAUUAAUUUAUUUAUAUUUUUGAUUAAAUAUGGUAAAGAAUUGUUUAUAUGAUAGUCAAAAGUUUCUGUGGCAUCAACUUACACUAUAGGCGAAUCUAUAACUUCUUUAGAUAUAAGUCAAGAAUAUACAGCUGCAGGUUUAUUGGAUGAAACAGUAGCAUUAUGGAAAGAUAAAGUAUCUAAAGAAAAUGAGCCAUAAAGAUUAGAGGGACAUUUUUUAGGAAUUGUAGAUGUAAAAUUCUCAAAUAAUGGAGAAUUAUUUGCAGUAAGUUCAUUAGAUAGUGUUAUACGUAUUUGGGAUUUAAAAAAGAGUAUAAAAGCAAAAGAAAUUGUUUGUGAUUAGAUGGAGAAUUGGAAUAUUUGUUGGUUGAAAGAUUAUAUUUGUACUGCAGGAGAAGGAGGUAAAUUGUCAAUUUUUGGUUUGGAUGAAAAUUAAGAAGAAAUUCCAGUAUUUUCAGUUGAAAAUUCAUUUGCCUCAGCUAUUACUGCAAAUAAUGCUAAUAUUGCUGUAGGAACAGAUAGUGGUUCAUUGCAUAUUGUUGAAGAUCCAAUUGAAAAGAGAAAACUUCAUUCAAAAAAAAUUCAUAAAAAAAUGGUGAGAUCUGUAAAAUUUAGUAAUGAUGGAUUUAAAGCUUUUUCAAGUUCAGAUGAUGGAGAUAUUAAACUAACUGAUUUAACAAAGAUGAAAGAAAUAAAAACAUUUUAACAUCAUUAUUCUGUUAAUUCAAUUGAUAUUAAUCCAAUAGAUGAUAAAUUAGUAGUUAGUUGCUCAUCUGAUUAUAAAGUUAGAUUAUGGGAUACUACAUCUGGAUAAUGUAUUGAAUAGUUUAAUCCAUUUGAUAAAAAAGAUGAUAAAUUAUGGGCUGUUCGUUUUAAUAAAGAUGGAUCGUUGAUUGGUGUAUGUUCAUAAUAAGGUUAAUUAAGUUUCUAUAGUAGAAAUUGAAAUCGUUA